GAAGAUCGGAAGUUAGAGGCAAUAGUUAUGUUGAAAUUCUCCUGAUUCCUAACUUUUUUCUCCCUGUGCUCCAUGAAGAAAAUCUUGUAUUUACCUGUACAGACAUCAAGUAAAAUGCCUCUUCCAGUAUUUAUUUUCGAAAUAUAUACUGCUUACAUGUCAUGUAGUAGAUAAAUAUAUUUUGAUUGUACUUAAGCUCAUAUGUAGUCCCAUUACAGUAAUAAACAAAACAAACCCAAAAUAUUUCUACUCAAAUCUCUAUUAUUCUUGAGUUGUGAAUGAAAACAUAAUAUUCUAAAAUAUACAGGAUGCUUUAUCUAUCUUUUGUUUUGGGUUGGGUGGCUUAAUUUUGAACAAGUGUCGAGUUUUAARUAUGUUUGAUGCAGGCAUGCUAUGAUUCAGCAUGUCCAUUAAGGUGGUCUACUAUUCUAAUUUGUUUUGUGUUGUGACCACUUUGUUUUCUGUUAGAGUGCACAUAAUAUUCCUUUAAUUGCUUAUGAAAGAGUUAAUCUACUAAUUUCAUUAAUUUUUGAUGCCUUAUCAAUGCUAAUGGUAUUUAAUAAUAAUAUUUAAGUUAACUACUUAGACCAAUUGGGUAUACUUUUGGCACUCCCCAUUGUGGAAUAAAUGUCUGCAAUUUUUAAUAUACUCUAGACUGUUAAAACAAUGGAAUUGUAGUAGGCGUUCUUUCAUCAAGGAUGGGUCCAGGGUUUUAUUGUCGUAGGGGAAAAAAAUUGGUAUGCAUAACUUAAAGUGCUUAUGACGGAAUUUUUUUUACUUUUUUGGAUGAUUUUUGAGAUGUAARACAUAUCAAAAAUGUAUUAAAACUUUACAGAUUCUGAAAUUUUAACGGAAAAAUUUGACGUUUUUUGUCCGAACCGCGAAUUUUGGCCGAGUGAUCGAGCGAUCCUGGUAACCACAAUCCGAUGACGUAGGAAAAGUAACCCGCGAAACACUCGACACAAGUGAAUGUAUGYGACUUUUCCAGAUCGGUUCAAAAUAGCAACUUUAUAGCUCAAAAUCGAAGUUUUUUUCAUCCCAUCAUGGCUGAUUCCUGUAGUGAAACAGAUUCACUAUCAAUUUCCGAUGACGACUCGGAGUUCAACUAUAUUCCAGGAAGGUUUUUUCCCAUAGAAAGUGAACCCGGUGGUAGUGACAAUGAGCCGACUGACGACCACAUUCUUGGUAUUGAACCAUACUCUGCUGAGCCUUUAGCGGAUGAAAAAUGGCUAGAGGAUUWCAAUAAAAGACAAGAAGAAAAGAAACAAAGGCUACAACAUUUACAGGAUCGAUUAACUGGUAAAGAUCCACUCAAUAAUUGGUGUAGUUGUGGUCAUUGCCGACUCGAAUUUUUACAAAAUGCAUACGAGUGCUGUUGUUGCCGCGAAUUCGAAGAGUCCAUUCAAGCGUUAAACGACGAGUGGGUCCUUCAAGAGUUAAAAACUGCUCCAAGCUGUAUAACCCUCCAUCCAGCCUACAACAUUACCUGCUUAGAAAGAUGGUCACUGAGACUUUCUGCCGGAAAGUAUCGAACUAUCGAUAGAAGAGCGUACCGCCAGACAGGAUCGGAGGAAGCGUUUCUAAGAAGUGUAGCUUACAGAGAAUACACCCAUUUAGUAUACGACAAWUUAGGRAAAAAUCGCAUACCUCUUCCYGCUUGCGCAUAUAACUCAAUAAGGAACAAGUUCCAACCAAAACGCCAGAAUGAAAGUUUUACUGGAUUUCAAGAGGACGACAGUGAUAAAGAAUAGUAUAUCAGUUCACAGAGACAUGUAAAUAAUUUUUUAGUUAACUAUUGUAUAUUAUAUUUACAAAGAAKAUAUUGUAUGUAACACGAACAAACUCCUUUAUGUUAAAUUCACAAGCUAUAUUAUAUUUAAUC